UUUCAUCAACAUCUUGGGUUUUUUUGUCUUACAAGUUGUCGGAUCUGACAUCUUUUAUUGAUUCUAAUAUGCUGAGAAGCAUUGUUGCUACGUCAGAUAGAACAGGGCUUGUCGGAAAAGUCCAUUCAUGAAACUCUCCCCGGUGGUGCAUGGAUUUACUCAGUAAAAGUUCCCUGUCUUUUUGCUCAAUCCAAAACGUGGAUGUACAGAGUCCAUGCAUCCUGCCCGUGAUAUAUCCUUUUUAUAUCGUUACUACUCUGUUAUCUGAGCAACGACUCAUUUACCGAUUGGAAGGAAUAGGGAGGAGUUUCGUGCAAGUGCCUAUAUCACAAUGAUGGGUUUUCUGACACAGGGUAAUGCAUGUUCAUGCAUGGAAUCGCAUGGCUGGUGUUUGACUUUCAAUUAAAAUAAAGCUCGAUCGAUUAAUGCCAUUGCGUCCUAGUCUGAGUAACUUAUCAUAGACGGUAUAUUUUUCGAGCAUAAAUGCCUCAUCAUCUAUUCUCUUAAAUCUGGAGAGCUAAAAAACUCAUCAUUGGCUUUGGACAGAUUCCCAUUCGAGUUGACAUUAUACUACCCUUUUUGGCAGAGUCAAUAUGGAUAACAUCCGGAUUUUUCUUUACCUUCUUGCGUGUAUAACAGCUGAUAUUGCGGUAGCUGGUACUAUGGCUAGUCCAAGCACCUGUGAGGAUGGCUACAACCUCCCUUAUAUCCUACCAAUGUUUGAGGUAUGUGGUGUUAGAGAGCAUCCAGUGAUGGGAUUACUUCCUACCAUACCAAAACUGAUUCCAUCUGCCUCCCAGAAGAAGUGCCAGAGUGAAGGCAGCAGUGCCAUUCCACACGGCAAGCGAAUCUGUAGAUUUUCCGAUUGCCUAAACGAUCCGUGUGAGAACGGCCAGUGUGAAGAUACCAUAACGGGCUAUGUCUGCCGCUGUCCUGCUGAAUUCACGGGGCCGAAAUGCGCAACACGUCUGAAUGAUUAUAAUCCAGACCAUUCAACGCCCUCACCAGUGGAUACAACUCCACCGGAAGUCACAGAUUGCCCAACGAAUCAGACAGUCACUGUUUCUGUUGGGAUUACAAACCAUACAUUUACCUGGACACCGCCAUCAGCCACCGAUGAAUCUGGGAUUCUGUCGGUCAUCGCUGACAAUGAUCCCGGAGUGAGUGUUUCUGUAGGAGAACCUGUCACUGUAACAUACACUGUGACCGACAACAACGGGCUGACGAACACAGAGUGUUCUUUCAACCUUACUGUUAUACAAGAAGCGAGAUUUGCUGAUAUGCGGAGAUUUGUAGAGAUUGGUUAA